AUGGGAGACAAGGACAGUGUGGAGAAGUACCUGGAGAACAAUCCCCAGUUCGCCAAAGAGUACUUUGACAAAAAGUUGCGCCCUGAAGUGAUCGCGACAACGUUUGCAGAAAAUCUCAAAGAUCAGUCUUCCUUCAAUGAUGUCUCCCAAAUUCAGGAGGCCAACAUCAUCUAUGAGCUGGUCAAAGAAAUGCAAUCGCAAAUCAUUAUGGAAAAAGUAUUGCACAAGGUCCUGCAGAGAGUUUGCUUGAUUUUGAACGCAGACCGGUGCAGUUACUUUGGUCUUCGAGCUAGAAACGGAAUACCUGAGCUUACAACGACGCUCUUCAAUGUCACCCCUACCUCCAAAUUCGAAGAAAACCUUGUCAACCCCGCUAGUGAGAUUGUGUUUCCAACCGAUAUGGGUGUAGUUGGAUACACAGCACAUUCCAAAAAGAUGCAAAACAUUCCGGAUGUUACAAAGGUGAGUGCCAUUGUCAGCAGGUGCCCAACCGCCAAAGCGCGUAUAAAAUGGGUACACGCGCCAAAGCGCUCGUAAAAUGUUUCCAAAAGCAAUCCCAAUGUAUUCACACUUGUUGUUUAUGCACACUGUUCUUGUCAGAUCUAUUGAGACGUUGGAUCAAAUAUUUAAAAAAAAAUGUCAUUCGUUUCACACAUAAGUUUGACAUUUGAACUGAUGCAGAUUUGAGAAAAGAAUGAAAGAAAUACAAAGUGUUCAUCCAAAUCAAAAUCAAAUCAAAUUUUAUUUGCCACAUGCGCCGAAAACAACAGGUGUAGACAUUACCGUGAAAUGCUUACUUACAGCCCUUAACCAACAAUGCAUUUAUUUCUUAAUAUAAAAGUACAAUAAAACAACAACAACAAAAAAGUGUUGAGAAAAAAAGAGCAGAAGUAAAAUAAAAUAACAGUAGGGAGGCAAUAUACAGGGGGUACCGGUGCAGAGUCAAUGUGCGGGGGCACCGGCUAGUUGAGGUCAUAUGUACAUGUGGGUAGAGUUAAAGUGACUAUGCAUAAAUAAUUAACAGAGUAGCAGCAGCGUAAAAAGAUGGGGUGGGGGUGCAAAUAGUCCGGGUAGCCAUGAUUAGCUGUUCAGGAGUCUUAUGGCUUGGGGGUAGAAGCUGUUGAGAAGCCUUUUGGACCUAGACCAUGUCUGUUACCUGUGUCAUCUAUUUCUGUUAAAUUCACUUUGAUGGAAUUUUUUUAAGGUGUUGCCUAUAGUCAUCUGGCAUUGAUUAUCUGGGUCCAGAAGUCUGCCCAAUGCAAACUUUGAUUAGGCCUACAGUAAAGUCAGUUUCACCAAUUAUGCAGUGAAAUUACAUGUAUCAUGGAAUAAGGGAUUCAUUUGAAAUGUUAAUGUGAACCACUUAGUUUCUACAAUAAAAUGAUGAUUUUAAUGGUUGUCUCUAAUGGUCCCUCUAUAUAGUGCAGAAAAUCCCUUUUACCUCCAGAAGCCAUGUUACGGUCAUUAUUCUGGUUAAUUAGCUAAUUAAUUAAUUGAAUAGGCCUACAUUAAUUUAUCUACAUAUUAUUAUGUUAUUAUUUAGUUCAUUUCAUCAUGAUAAUAUAUUUUCUCAUAUUCAAAACAGAAAUGUCCAGUUUUAUGAUUGCAAAACUGUUUAUGUUAAACUGGGGAUGACUGAAGAUACGUCUGUAAUUGUAAUUGGUCAACAUAUAUUUCUGCAUGAACACCCUACUACAUGUAUAAAUUAACUACAGAAUUCAAGUAGGGGUUCAAUCUGGGAUUUGUUAGCCAGAAGAUGUCCAUAACUUGGCCCAUUAUUAUUUUCAUUGAUUUGAAAAUCAUUCUUAUUACUCUCGAGAUAAUGGUAAUAUAAUUGUGGCAUUCCAAUGACAUCCAUAAUGUGCAGGUUACAAAAACCAUGGUAAGCAGAGGUAUGUUUUUUGUCUAGUGACUGUGAACUCAAAAGGCCUUUUCACACGGCAUUCUCUUAGCUCAGGGCAAAGGAGGCUGUUAGCCCUGGGCUUAUUGCAGUGUGAAUGCGACUAAUGUCUUGAUCCAAUAUACUUUAUUUCACUUCCAGAAUAACCGCUUCAGUGACUUUGUGGACAAGCAGACAGGAUACAAAACCAAAAACAUGCUCUCAUUCCCCAUCAUGGCUGAUAAGGAAUGCCUUGGUGUUGCCAUGGCACUAAACAAAAUUGGGGCUGAAGAAUUCUCAAAAGCCGAUGAGGAAGUAAGUCCUGAGCUCUCAAAAGCAAACACCAGUCUUAGAAAGGUUUCUCAGUAUUAGUCUUUAUGGGAAUACCUUUCAAAAACCAUACGAUUAAUACAUAAUAGCACAAUUCACAUGGUACAUAACAGAUACAGAUACUGUAUAGCCUACAUUGCCUUAAUAAUCAAUAUUACUUUAAAAGCCACACUAAUACUGCCAUAAAACUGCUAGGGGCUCUCUAGAUCGAGAGAGGUGGUAAUACUGCAUAUUCAUUGUUAGCACGAUGUGAGGGGUGUAUGGCAUCAGUAGUCUGGAGGACAUCGCAUCAGAUGAAUGCCUGUUUGCUGUACUGAGAAUUGAUUUAAUCUGAUUUGGUUCUCAGUUCUGGAACAAGUACUUGGUCUUUGCCCAAGUCAUUGCCACGCAGCAUCACACUGCAUACAUGUUCAACGUGGAAUCCAGGAGGAGUCAGGUAAGAACCCAGUGAACCACACCAUUCAAUAUGAGCUGUCCAUCAACUGUGUCAAUCAUGCUGGCCCUUGAAUACAAAGACAAAGUUCACCAAGGCAAUUUGCCAUUAGUGUCUGAAAUAAGAAUAUGAUGAGUGGUAUACUAUAACAGUCAUACAGUGUAUUCGGAAAGUUUUCAGACCCCUUCCCUUUUUCCACAUUUUGUUACGUUACAGCCUUAUUCUAAAAUGGAUUAAAUACAAACAAUUCCUCAUCAAUCUACACACAAUACCCCAUAAUGACAAAAACUGGUUUUUAGAAAUGUUUGCAAAUGUAUUAAAAAUAAAAUACUGAAAUAACUUAUUCACAUACCCUGCAGAUAGCACUACUGGGUGAUCUGAAAAGUAAUAGUCAAUCGAUCAAUAAUAUAAUAAUACUUUUAGCAAAAAUGUUUAUUUUCAAUUUACGAUCUGUAGAAACAAUGAGAAUAGAAGGGUUCAGAACUUUUGUAAAACAUCACAGUACAGUUGAAAAAUAUAUGGCAAAUAGAAAUCCAAUAUGGAUGGUGUUGAGAGAUAGAUGGGAGGUGUUGAAUGGAGCUGAAGGAUGGGACUAAUAACAACAACUAAUAACAACAAGAUAACUAAUGUAAAGCAUACUGUGUCCAUAAUAAGUAUAUAGGUUAUAGGUUGAGAGCUUUUGUGAAAGAGCACAGUUAGAAAAAUAUGGCAUAUAGAAGCAUACCAGAUGGACAUCAUGAAAAUGACCGGAGGAAGUACAGGAGUAAAAACAAACAAAAUAUAAUUAUUGGAGAAUUUGACUGUGUCCAUAAAUGUAUAUAGUAUGUAUGGGCUGGAAGUAGAGGCCUAAGCGUUGUUGUUCACUAGUUUACUCCAAUUGGGGAAGGGGUGGUGGGGUUGGAAAGUAUUUAAAAGGGAAAUAUAUUUUUUUAAAGGAUAUGUGUGUGUGUAUGGAUGUAUGUAUAUAUGGAUGUAUGUAUAUACAGUGGGGAGAACAAGUAUUUGAUACACUGCCGAUUUUGCAGGUUUUCCUACUUACAAAGCAUGUAGAGGUCUGUUAUUUUUAUCAUAGGUACACUUCAACUGUGAGAGACGGAAUCUAAAACAAAUAUUCAGAAAAUCACAUUGUAUGAUUUUUAAGUAAUUAAUUUGCAUUUUAUUGCAUGACAUAAGUAUUUGAUACAUCAGAAAAGCAGAACUUAAUAUUUGGUACAGAAACCUUUGUUUGCAAUUACAGAGAUCAUACGUUUCCUGUAGAUCUUGACCAGGUUUGCACACACUACAGCAGGGAUUUUGGCCCACUCCUCCAUACAGACCUUCUCCAGAUCCUUCAGGUUUCGGGGCUGUCGCUGGGCAAUACGGACUUUCAGCUCCCUCCAAAGAUUUUCUAUUGGGUUCAGGUCUGGAGACUGGCUAGGCCACUCCAGGACCUUGAGAUGCUACUUACGGAGCCACUCCUUAGUUGCCCUGGCUGUGUGUUUCGGGUCGUGGUCAUGCUGGAAGACCCAGCCACGACCCAUCUUCAAUGCUCUUACUGAGGGAAGGAGGUUGUUGGCCAAGAUCUUGCGAUACAUGGCCCCAUCCAUCCUCCCCUCAAUACGGUGCAGUUGUCCUGUCCUCUUUGCAGAAAAGCAUCCCCACAGAAUGAUGUUUCCACCUCCAUGCUUCAUGGUUGGGAUGGUGUUCUUGGGGUUGUACUCAUCCUUCUUCUUCCUCCAAAAAACGGCAAUUGUAGUUUAGACCAAAAAGCUCUAUUUCUGUCUCAUCAGACAUGACCUUCUCCCAUUCCUCCUCUGGAUCAUCCAGAUGGUCAUUGGCAAACUUCAGACGGGCCUGGACAUGCGCUGGCUUGAGCAGGGGGACCUUGCAUGCGCUGCAGGAUUUUAAUCCAUGACGGCGUAGUGUGUUACUAAUGGUUUUCUUUGAGACUGUGGACCCAGCUCUCUUCAGGUCAUUGACCAGGUCCUGCCGUGUAGUUCUGGGCUGAUCCCUCACCUUCCUCAUGAUCAUUGAUGCCCCACGAGGUGAGAUCUUGCAUGGAGCCCCAGACCGAGGGUGAUUGACCGUCAUCUUGAACUUCUUCCAUUUUCUAAUAAUUGCGCCAACAGUUGUUGCCUUCUCACCAAGCUGCUUGCCUAUUGUCCUGUAGCCCAUCCCAGCCUUGUGCAGGUCUACAAUUGUAUCCCUGAUGUCCUUACACAGCUCUCUGGUCUUGGCCAUUGUGGAGAGGUUGGAGUCUGUUUGAUUGAGUGUGUGGACAGGUGUCUUUUAUACAGGUAACGAGUUCAAACAGGUGCAGUUAAUACAGGUAAUGAAUGGAGAACAGGAGGGCUUCUUAAAGAAAAACUAACAGGUCUGUGAGAGCCGGAAUUCUUACUGGUUGGUAGGUGAUCAAAUACUUAUGUCAUGAAAUCAAAUGCAAAUUAAUUACUUAAAAAUCAUACAAUGUGAUUUUCUGGAUUUUUGUUUUAGAUUCCAUCUCUCACAGUUGAAGUGUACCUAUGAUAAAAAUUACAGUCCUCUACAUGCUUUGUAAGUAGGAAAACCUGCAAAAUCGGCAGUGUAUCAAAUACUUGUUCUCCCCACUGUAUAUAUAUAUAUAUUUGCGAGAAGAAAAAAAACAUAUGGGGGAUUGGAAGUGAUGCAGACAAUUACAUUGAUGGAAGUUACAAUCUAUCUGAAAUAUUAAAGCUGAUCUACCCCCUAAACAAAUAAAUAAUAAUAUUAAUAUCUUAUUUACAUAAGUAUUCAGACCUUUUGCUAUGAGACUCGAAAUUGAGCUCAGGUGCAUCCUGUUUCCAUUGAUUAUCCUUCAGAUGUUUCUACAACUAGAUUGGAGUCCACCUGUGGUAAAUUCAAUUGAUUGAACAUGAUUUGGAACGGCACACACCUGUCUGUAUAAGGUCCCACAGUUGACAGUGCAUGUCAGACCAAAAACCAAGCCAUGAGGUUGAAGGAAUUGUCCGUAGAGCUCAGAGACAGGAUUGUGUCAAGGCACAGAUCAGGAGAAGGGUACCAAAAACAUUCUGCAGCGUUGAAGGUCCCCAAGAACACAUUGGCCUCCAUCAUUCUUAAAUGGACGAAGUUUGGAAGCACCAAGACUCUUCCUUUAGCUGGCCGCCCGGCCAAACUGAGCAAUCAGGGGAGAAGGGCCUUGGUCAGGGAGGUGACCAAGAACCCGAUGGGUUCUUCCAGAAAGACAACCAUCUCUGCAGCACUCCACCAAUCAGGCCUUUAUGGUAGAGUGGCCAGACGGAAGCCACUCCUCAGCAAAAGGCACAUACAGCCUGCUUGUAGUUUGCCAAAAGGCACCUAAAGGACUCUCAGAACAAGUAUCUGGUCUGAUGAAAUCCAGAUUGAACUCUUUGGCCUGAAUUCCAAGCGUCAUGUCUGAUGGAAACCUGGCACAAUCCCUACGGUGAAGCAUGGUGGUUGCAGCAUCAUUUUGUGUGGAUGUUUUUCAGCGGCAGGGACUGGGAGACUAGUCAGGAUCGAGGGAAAGAUGAAUGGAGCAAAGUCCAGAGAGAUCCUUUGAUGAAAACCUGCUCCAGAGCGCUCUGGACCUCAGACUGGGGUGAAGGUUCACCUUCUAACAGGAUAACGACCCUAAGCACACAGCCAAGACAACGCAGGAGUGGCUUCAGGACAAGUCUCUGAAUGUCCUUGAGUGGUCCAGCCAGAGCCCGGACUUGAACCUGAUCGAACAUCUCUGGAGAGACCUGAAAAUAGCUGUGCAGCAACGCUCCCCAUGCAACCUGACAGAGCUUGAGAGGAUCUGUAGAGAAGAAAGGGAGAAACUCCACAAAUACAGGUGUGCCAAGCUUGUAGUGUCAUUCCCAAGAAGCCUCGAGGCAGUAAUCGCUGCCAAAGGUUCUUCAACAAAGUACUGAGUAAAGGGUCUGAAUACUUAUGUAAAUGUGAUAUUUCAGUUUUGUAUUUUUAAUACAUUUGUAGACAUUUCUAAAAAUCUGUUUUUUCUUUGUCAUUAUGGAGUAUUGUGUGUAGAUUGAUGAUGGGGGGAAAAAACAAUUUAAUCAAUGUUAGAAUAAGGCUGUAACGUAACAAAAUAUGGAAAAAGUCAAGGGGUCUGAAUACUUUCCGAAUGCACUAUAUACCAGUGAUCAUCAUAAUAUAUCAGUUAAAGUUUCCUGUAAAGCCCUGUUUUACCAUGUAAUCCAUGACUCAACCAUUAUAACCAUUAUAAAAAACAACAACAAUAUUUAUUCCUCUCCACUUGUUUCACUAGGUCCUUCUGUGGUCUGCCAGCAAAGUGUUUGAAGAGUUGACAGACAUUGAGAGACAGUUCCACAAAGCUCUGUACACUGUCAGAAUCUACCUCAAUUGUGAAAGAUACUCUGUGGGCCUCUUGGACAUGACCAAAGAGAAGGUUUGUUACUAGUGUAUAAUAUGCUAAGGCAUAUUGCUGUUUUGUCACUGUCUUGAUUUGGGUAGCCAUUUUGGAUCUGCUCCGUCUGCGGUUGCUAAAUGGGAACACUGAAGUCCUGAUUGCUGUCUUCCCUUCGUGCAGGAGUUCUACGAUGAGUGGCCAGUGAAGCUGGGAGACGUACCGCCAUAUAGUGGACCAAAGACCCCCGACGGAAGGGUAAGCAUCCAUUUUCCUUUGAUACGAUUCUCGCCAAGCACUCUGCUCAAAUCUGUACUGCCUUGUCUAUGACACGAUCAACAGCCAGUGAAUGUUGUUCUGUGCAUCUGCAGGAAGUCAUCUUCUACAAGAUCAUUGACUAUCUCUUAGAAGGACCCAAAGAGGAAAUCAAAGUCAUACCGUAAGUUCUUCUAAUUCACUCAUUAUUUUGCUUUCUGAAGAAACCAAAAAGUCUUAAAGUACCAAAAAACAUCACUCACUGUCUUCCUCCCUCUGUUCCACGUAGGGGUCCUCCUAUUGACCACUGGGCCCUGGUCAGUGGUCUCCCCACCUACGUGUCAGAGAACGGCUUUGUAAGUUGAUGUGAAAGUGUGCAUGUCGUCCAUACGAUAACCACAGGCCAUAUACUAUCCACAAGCAUGUAGGGCAUACUGUACAUUGGAGACUUUUGAGAGUGAUUUGACUGUUUAUUUAUUUAUAGAUAGUUGAUAUAGUUUAUUUCAUUUGAUCCCUUAGGUCCUCGGGUUGGGUGGGAUUGGGAUGGGGGGAGGGGCUGUAAUUUCCUUUUGUAUGUUUGUAUUAAUGUUUGCUGACAAUUAUUAUGACUAAAUAAAAAACAUUUGAUCGCGAAAAAAUUGUGAUUUGACUGAAAUAUGUCUUCUUCUUCCCCUGUAGAUUUGUAACAUGAUGAACGUUGCCGCUGAUGAGUACUUCGCCUUCCAGGUAAAGACUAUGGUAUUGAGUAUAGGAUGACCUUGGUGUUACAAUAUAUCAAGUCCUCUGCAACAUGUGCUAUUUGAAGAGGACCACCAGCCCCCAGAUUGGUGUUGUAUCCCUAAAAAUGCAAUAUUCUAGGGAUAAAGCGUUUACUAAUCAACUUCAUGCCGUUUUGUCUUUCAGAAAGAGCCUGUGGAUGAGACAGGUUUCGUCAUCAAGAACGUCUUGUCCCUUCCCAUCGUUAACAAAAAGGAAGAAAUUGUGGGUAUUGCCACUUUCUUCAACAGGAAAGACGGUAAACCAUUCGAUGAGCACGACGAACAGAUCACUGAGGUAAGUGCACAGACAUCCACUCUCUCUCUCUCUCUCUCUCUCUCUCUCACGCUCUCUCUCUCUCUUUCUCUCUCUCUUUCUCUCUGUCUCUCGCUCUCUCACACGCGCUCUCUCUCUCUUUCUUUUCUCUCUCUUUUCCUCUCUCUCUCUCUCUUUUCUUUUCUCUCUAUCAGUCAUAUCAACCACUUCACUCAUCAUUCCUGUCAUGGGUUGUGAACGUAUGAGGUGGUAAAGACCUGUCUGCAUUGUUCCAGGCCCUCACCCAGUUCCUGGGAUGGUCGGUGCUGAACUGCGACACGUACGACAAACUGAACAGAAUGGAGUGGAGAAAGGACAUCGCCCAGGAGAUGCUCAUGUGCCAGACCAGAUGCACCAACACCGAAAUGCAGAGUAUCCUGGUGAGACCUGAGAUAUGUUAGAUCUUAGACCUUAUAGACAGUGGAGAAUCACAGAGGAAACUAGCCUCACGGGACAUACCUUUGAUACUCUUUUCUCUUUUCUUAGAACACAAAGGAGAAGUUUGAUGCCGAACCAGAGGACUGUGACCAGAAAGAGAUGUACAAACUCUUGGUAGGAUCAUGUUUCAGACUGUCAGUGAAAGUGGGUAGAGACACAAUGAUAAUGUGGCAGAGUGGUGUGAGUGAUCAACUUGGACAAGGGCAUGAUACCAAACACAGAACAUUCACAAAACCUCAGACUCUUCUUGCAAAACCAAACUUUCACCUCAAAACAGUUCAAUCUGUGCUCAAAACUGAACUAUGUUGUCAAAUCGUGCCCCGAGUCAAUCAAAAUAAAAAACACUACUGAACAGUCACUAAACACUACGUAGAAAAAUAGAAAACACAAUGCUCAGGACAUGAAGCUGGAGAAAUAAAUGUUUAUUGUUCACUGUAGGCUAAAUGCAUGUUGCAAAACAAAAAAAACCUGUGCAUUUAGCACUUGUACAAAAAGACAAAACAGAAAUCUUGUGCAUUUACAUGUAGCACUUGUAAAAACAAACAGAAAUCUUAUGCGUUUGCCACUUGUGUACAGUAAGCCCAUGUAAAAAUAAAGUACAAAAAUAUACAAAUAAGUGCAUUACUCAGCCACAGCAUCAUGUCUCCGUACUGGGUCAGGCCACAGGACUUCAUCCACAUCACAGGCCACAUUUUGUCUGGCCAGGCAACGGGGGAAAAAACCCCUGGCAUGCCGUAUCCAGGCUUGGCAUGCCUCCACACCUAUGUCACCACAGGCAAGUCCCAUGGCUUGCAGGAGAUUUACCCUGGUGUAAAGUUGGCGUUCAUAUACCUUCCACCGCCAUGAGGAGAAGAAUUCCUCAAUGGGGUUUAGGAAAGGGGAGUACGGUGGAAGGCAAAGAUUGAUAAAACCUUGGUUCAUAUUGUACCACUCUCUAACCUGGAGGGCUCUGUGAAAACUUACAUUGUCCCAAACAACAACAUAGAUGGGAUGCUCAUCCUGCUGCCCUAACAAAGCAUCUCGCAUGUGAUUGAGGAAAAUGAGGAGCUGGUGAGUGUUGUAGGGCCCCAGGUUGGCAUGAUGGUGGACAACCCCAUGAUUGCUGAUGGCAGCACAUAAUGUGACAUUGCCACCACGCUGCCCAGGAACACCAACAAUGGCCCGAUGGCCAAUCACAUUACGGCCUCUCCUUCUCCUUUUGGUGAGAUUAAACCCAGCUUCAUCCAUGUAGAUGUAUUGAUGGGGUCUUUCCAUUGCAUCCAGUUGAAAAACCCUCUGUAGAAAUAGAUAUAGUUUUGUAAGUGAUACGGAAAAAGUGAUUUAGGCCACUACAGUAAAUCACUACUUAGAGUAAUCAACAUUGAAUGUGUCUGGAUAUAUGCCAACCUGUACAUACUGGAAUCUUUGCUCUUUGACUGUCUGAGUUGCGAUCAAAGGGCACUCUGUAUAGCUGUUUCAUGCGCAGUCUGUUGCGCUUGAGGACACGAUCAACAGUAGAGAGGCUGACACUGUUGAUACCCUCAAAAUGUAAAUGGUCCUCAAUGAUCUUCUGCUGAAUUUCGCUCAGUUUAAUGGCAUUGUUCUCACGGACCAUAUCAACAAUUAGGGUCUCUUGGUGUGGGGAGAACAUACCUGUCCUCCCACCCCCAUGUGGCAGUCUUUCAAUUCUACAAAAAGAGAACAUGGAGUUACAAAAAAUAUACAUGGAAUACUAGGCCUACAAACAGUUAGACCAACCCUCCAUUACAAUACUACAGUACAUUGGUACAGUGAUGUACUGAAACAUAUAUUUACUUACAGUAUACUGUGGUACAGUAUAUAGUAUGUCAUACAGUAAUUGCUGUCAACAUUUACAUACUGUACUAUAAUGUCAAAAAAAGGUAAUUACCUGUUCUCUUCUCUAAAUCUUCGGAUUAUGGUGGACACAGUGAAUCUACUGAUGUUUGGUUGUACCCUUUGUCCAGCCUCCCUCAUGCUCAUACCAUGGACAAGAACAUGGUCAAUCACAGUAGCUCUGAUUUCAUCAGAUAUUACUGUUCUUUGUCUUCGCUGACCACCUCGACCUCCUCUCACACAAACUCUUCCUCUCAGAUUUCUAUCCAUUGUAGGGCCUCACAAACCAGUGCUCUCUGAACUGGCUUACUGUAUAUGUUCCCUCACAUCAUUAGCCACAAGUGUGAUCAAUUUUGAGUUGUUGUGUUCAAGUGGUGACACCUGUGCUCUAAUUGUGUUUGACUUUUGUCACCUGUGCUCACCAUUAUGCAGCACGGGUGCAUCACAAUGAAAAUGUGUUGGCAAGUUAUGUCUAAACAGGUGAAAAGUGCUUAUGGUUUUGCCAAAAGAGUGAUUGAUUCAAUCAGUGGGUUCAGGCAACUGAGCAUUUGGUUCAGACAAAAGGGUUUAGUGUUUUAGCAAUUGAGAAAAACUGUAAUACUUUCAAUUGCCUGUGAAAGUGGACUCGGCAGUACAGUCAUUCUGAAAUCAAUUGAUCAAUUAAUAAAUAUUUGGUUAUUCAUUUGCCCUUGUGUAGAGAUCAAACUGUCCUGUGGCCAUAGACGUGGACCUGCUGCUGUUCUCCUUCAGUGACUUUCCUGUGACUGAGCAUGGCCUCAUCAUGUGUGGAAUUCGCUGCUUCUUUGAGCUGAACGUGGUGGAGAAGUUCAAAGUGCCAGCAGAGGUCAGUCCUGAAGCCCCUGGCUAGUAAAACAAUCAUGUUUAUUUGAAUGUAUUUAUUUUGUUGUAACCUCAGCAUUAUACAGUACACGUCCCCAGAAUGCAUUGCAAUGUAUGUACUGUACAUGACUCAAUACAUUCAUUUUGUCAAAUCUAAUGUUUUCCAAAAACUAGGCCAUGUCUUACUGGUUUGCUCAUACAAAUCAAAUCAAAUGUUAUUUGUCCCAUGCGCUGAAUACAACAGGUUACCGUGAUAUGCUUACUUACAAGCCCUUUCCCAACAAUGCAGAGUUAAAAAGUACGACAAUUAGCAAAUGAAAAUAGAAAAUAGUAACACAAUAAAAUAACAAUAACGAGGCUACAUACAAGGGGUACCGGUACCGAGUCAAUGUGCGGGGGUACGAGGUAGUUGAGGUAAUAUGUACAAGUAGGUAGGGGUAAAAGUGACAAACAGAUAAUUGGUAACGCCUCUCUCAUGUCAUAGUGUUUCCUCUUCCUAUGUACAACCAGACCCUGACGCGAUGGAUGUACACUGUCCGGAAAGGUUACCGUGACAUCACCUACCACAACUGGAGACACGGCUUCAACGUGGGCCAGACCAUGUUCUGUCUUCUACAGGUGAGUCCCUUUACUCCUACAGUACCAAUACUAUCACCUGAUACCCACAUCGAUUUACAGAAUGACGGUGCAUAACCUCACCAAAAGAAGAGUAGUUAAAAGUUACUGUUUGUUUAGAGACAUUCAUGCUGCCAACCAAUGGCUGCCCACUAAUGUAGGUCAGGGAGGUGGGCCAACUGUUUGAUAAUGGAUCGAUCACCCCGCCCCUCCCAAUUUGUUUGAUAAUGGAUCGAUCACUCCACUCCACCCCUCCCAUUUUGUUUGAUAAUGGAUCGAUCACCCCGCCCCUCCCAUUUUGUUUGAUAAUGGAUCGAUCACUCCACUCCACCCCUCCCAUUUUGUUUGAUAAUGGAUCGAUCACUCCACCCCUCCCAUUUUGUUUGAUAAUGGAUCGAUCACCCCAACCCUCCCAUUUUGUUUGAUAAUGGAUCGAUCACCCCGCCCCUCCCAUUUUGUUUGAUAAUGGAUCGAUCACCCCAACCCUCCCAUUUAGUUUGAUAAUGGAUCGAUCACCCCAACCCUCCCAUUUUGUUUGAUAAUGGAUCGAUCACCCCAACCCUCCCAUUUAGUUUGAUAAUGGAUCGAUCACCCCAACCCUCCCAUUUUGUUUGAUAAUGGAUCGAUCACCCCGCCCCUCCCAUUUUGUUUGAUAAUGGAUCGUUUUUUGUUCUGUUUUUGUGUUAUGUAUGUAGAAAAACAAUACAUGUCAAAAGAAAAGAAAAGAUAAUGGAUCAGCCCCUUUGCUCCACAGACUGGCAGGCUGAGGAAAUAUUACUCUGACCUGGAUGCCUUUGCCAUGGUGGCUGCUGCAUUCUGCCAUGAUAUUGACCACAGGGGGACCAACAACUUAUACCAGACAAAGUAAGACCCCCUCCGUUUACCCAUGAGCACUCAAAGCGCAGGUUUUACGUUUAUUGUCAUGAGUCUUGUCUUUGAGGCAGAACUGAGCGAUUUCCCCUUAGAUAGACCAGCUGCAAAGUCAAAAAUUGGUUAUAUUGUAAAAGGGUUAGGCAUUAGGGUUAGACAUUAGGGUUAGGCAUUAGGGUUAGCCGUGUGGUUAAGGUUAAGGUUAGGGUUAGGUUUAAAAUCUGAUUUGAUGACUUUGUGGCUGUGCCAGCUAGUGACCACUCUGCAGAGCUGCCGUCGGAACAAGAUUCAUGACGAAAAAACGCAAACCUGCACUCAAAGCACUCCCCAAAUCAUCACAGUUUAGUUGUCUGUUAUUGGCAUGGAAUGUGCCGUUUGGGGUCUAACGAUUGUGUGUUACCCCUCUCUGACCUGCAGGAGUGGAUCGCCUUUAGCCAAACUGCACGGCUCCUCCAUCAUGGAGAGGCACCAUCUGGAGUACAGCAAGACGCUCAUGGCCGAGGAGGUUAGAGACCCUGACUCCUGUUACUGUGGCUGUGGCCAAAAUGGCACGCUAUAACCAAAUAGUGCAUUACUUUUGGCCAGUGUUUUGUACACAAGGUAAUUGUGGGAGUUGAAGUCUUUUUCUCUACUCCUCCUUCAGAGCCUGAACAUCUUUGUGAAUCUCCAGAAGCGCCAGUUUGAGACUGUGCAGCACUUGUUUGACGUCUGCAUCAUUGCCACUGAUCUGGCCUUGUACUUCAAGUGGGUUUUUACAAUUGUUAUGAUCUCCGAUAUAGCUGCUGAAUCAGAAUGACUUUUCAUGUGCAAACCGCUAAUUUGACUGUUGGUCUGGCCCCCAGAAAAAGAACAAUGUUCCAGAACAUUGUGAACGCCACUGAGCCAAUGGAAACCGAGAAGGAGAAAAUUGAUCAUAUUUCCAACAACCCAAUCAGGAAGGAAAUUAUCAUGUGAGUACGAAUGUUCUUCUGUCCACCAUCUUGGGGGUUUGCUACUUGAUUGCAAACUUGAGGCAGUUGGCCACUUUUCUUAUAGUGCACAUUGUCACAGUUUAUGGUUGCCUGUAUAACAUUAAUGAAGAUUCUUGGAUGAUUCUGGAAUAAUUCCUCUAACUGUCCCAUCUUGUGUGUCAGGGCCAUGAUGAUGACAGGUUGUGACUUGUCUGCCAUCACCAAACCAUGGGAGGUCCAGAGCAAGGUGGGUACUAUAUCUGUUCACUACGUCAUGAAACGCAACAAAACCCAUUUGACCCUUUUCUCCAGACAAUAUAGACAACAGGAAGCUCUGAGGUUUAGAUUAGUACUGAUACAUUCUUCGCUGCAAAUGUUCUACUUCAUAGGUGGCUCUUAUGGUCGCAGCUGAGUUCUGGGAGCAAGGUGACUUGGAAAGGACCGUUCUCGAUCAGCAACCCAUUGUGAGUUUGUGAAGAAAGAAAAAAACGCAGUUUCUUUACAAUAGAUGUUGAUAGAGUAAUCACUAACUUAUGUUAGUUCGUUUUUGAUUUGAUCUUACCCCAUCUCAUUCAUUGCUCCUCAGCCCAUGAUGGACAGAAACUGUGCAGCGGAGUUACCCAAGAUGCAGUGCGGUUUCAUUCAGUUUGUGUGUGCGUUUGUAUACAAGGUAACUAACUGCCUGGCUGGUUGAAGCUCAACCAAGCCCUAUUUUGUUGUGUCUUAAUUCAUUGUGAUCGAUUAGAAAGAAGUCAGCUUGUGAUAUUUGUCAUUUUAUCAGUUCUUUUUGGAAACGGAAUCAUCCUUAUAAAAAUAGAUGAGAUCAGUUUCUCUGUGAACCAUCAAUGUCAACUUCAGUGAGGGGUUCAUCCAGUUUAAACCACCUGAGUGACUAGUAGGUCUAUCCAUCUCUAAGUGUGCACCAGAUACACUCCCCAGCAGGAAUGUUUGCACCAUAAAGGAAAAUGUCAGGCUGAGUGACAGUCCCGGGCAUGUGAAUGCCUGCAAUAAUGGGGCCUACUUGUGUGCAGGAAUUCUCGAGGUUCCACGUAGAGAUCACCCCCAUGUUUGAUGGGCUGAACAACAACCUAAAGAACUGGAAAGAGCUGGCCGACAUCCACGCCGCCAAGAUGGCGGCCAUUGAGGAAGAGAAAAAGAAGCUUGAGGCACCUCCAGGUAACAUUUUAAAUACAUUCAAGUCUCAACCAAGGGUUGGAGUCAAUUUGGAGUUUUUGAAUUUUAAUUCAAUUCAAGCCAUGAAUUGAAAUUAAAUGUUUUAUUGAAUUGAAGAAGUUAAAAAAAUCUAAUGUUUACAUAGUAUUGGUCACCAUAUGUCAAAAUAAACAUUUGUAUAAGAUAAGAUAGGACUUUAAUAAUCCCCCAAACGGCGAUUAAUAAAGUGAUAUACACUGAGUGUACAAAACAUUAGGAACACCUGCUUUUUCCAUGACAUAGACUGACCAGGUUUAUCCAGGUGAAAGAUAUGAUCCCUUAUUGAUGUCACGUGUUAAAUACACUUCAAUCAGUGUAGAUGAAGGGGAGGAGACAGAUUAAAGAAGGAUUUUUAAGCCUUGAGACAAUUGAGACAUGGAUUGUGUAUGUGUGCCAUUCAGAGGGUGAAUGGGCAAGACAAAAUAUUUAAGUGUCUUUGAACGGGGUAUGGUAGUAGGUGCCAAGAACUGUAACGCUGCUGGGUUUUUCACGUUCAACAGUUUCCUGUGUGUAUCAAGAAUGGUCCACCACCCAAAGGACAUCCAGCCUACUUGACACAACUGUGGGAAGCAUUGGAGUCAAUAUGGGCCAGCAUCCCUGUGGAACGCGAUAUUAGGAAUGUGUCCUUAAUAUUUGUUUUGUAUACUCAGUGUAGUGACGUGCAGAAGAAAUGAACUAUUUUAAUUUCAUUGAAUUAAAUUAAAUUAUACUUCCUUUAAAGGGUAAAUCUGCAGUUGCUACAUCAAUUUUCUGACUUCUAAAUUAAUAAUGUACCUACCCAUUGAUUCUUGCAGAAUAUAACUUAUAAAUGCCUCAUGAGCUUAGUUCAACUGUUGUACCCCAUCAGAACCCAAAAUAUAAACUUGUCUUACUCCAAUGUUUGUAAACAAAGUAAACGUAAACAAAAAUAUAUAGCCUCAAACCAUAGUUAAAAGUAUAAGUUUGAUAUCAUGGAUGGUUAUGACUUUCAUCAAUAGCGAAAUCUAUGAGUGGUAACAUUUCUCCAGCCCAUCCCCUCAGAUUUUUACCGAAACAGGGGCGGGGAAUACGCUUUAUUAUCGUUUCAACUGCUGAUUGCCGCUUUCAUUCAAAUUCAAUUCAAAUUCUGCUUCCUGUUGGGUGUGGCCAAUUAAAGGGCCAUUCGCAACAUAAUUCAGAAUUGUCCCCAACCCUGCAAGAAAUGCUAUUGUAAAAUCUCUCGUGAAAUAUCCAUACCGGUAAGUAGCCUACCAUUCUUUUAGACACAGUGCCUGAGGCUUGUCAAUGCAUACACUAGCCAAGUCUCCAGUGGUCAACAGGCCACAAAGUUACCUCAAAUCAAAUCAAAUCAAAUUGUAUUGGUCACAUGCGCCGAAUACAACAGGUGCAGACAUUACAGUGAAAUGCUUACUUACAGCCCUUAACCAACAGUGCAUUUAUUUUAAACAAAAAAGUAAGAAUAAAACAACAACAAAAAAGUGUUGAGAAAAAAAGAGCAGAAGUAAAAUAAAGUGACAGUAGGGAGGCUAUAUAUACAGUAAAAUAAAGUGACAGUAGGGAGGCUAUAUAUACAGGGGGGUACCGUUGCAGAGUCAAUGUGCGGGGGCACCGGCUAGUUGAGGUAGUUGAGGUAAUAUGUACAUGUGGGUAGAGUUAAAGUGACUAUGCAUAAAUACUUAACAGAGUAGCAGCAGCGUAAAAAGGAUGGGGUGGGGGGGCAGUGCAAAUAGUCCGGGUAGCCAUGAUUAGCUGUUCAGGAGUCUUAUGGCUUGGGGGUAGAAGCUGUUGAGAAGUCUUUUGGACCUAGACUUGGCACUCCGGUACCGCUUGCCGUGCGGUAGCAGAGAGAACAGUCUAUAACUAGGGUGGCUGGAGUCUUUGACAAUUUUGAGGGCCUUCCUCUGACACCGCCUGGUAUAGAGGUCCUGGAUGGCAGGGAGCUUUGCCCCAGUGAUGUACUGGGCCGUACACACUACCCUCUGUAGUGCCUUGCGGUCAGAGGCCAAGCAGUUGCCAUACCAGGCGGUGAUGCAACCAGUCAGGAUGCUCUCGAUGGUGCAGCUGUAGAAUUUUUUGAGGAUCUGAGGGGGAAUAGGCUUUGUCGUGCCCUCUUCACGACUGUCUUGGUGUGUUUAGACCAUGAUAGUUCGUUGGUGAUGUGGACACCAAGGAACUUGAAGCUCUCAACCUGUUCCACUACAGCCCCGUCGAUGAGAAUGGGGGCAUGCUCAGUCCUCUUUUUUUUUCCUGUAGUCCACAAUCAUCUCCUUUGUCUUGGUCACGUUGAGGGAGAGGUUGUUGUCCUGGCACCACACGGCCAGAUCUCUGACCUCCUCCCUAUAGGCUGUCUCAUCGUUGUCGGUGAUCAGGCCUACCACUGUUGUGUCGUCGGCAAACUUAAUGAUGGUGUUGGAGUCGUGCCUGGCCAUGCAGUCAUGGGUGAACAGAGAGUACAGGAGGGGACUGAGCACGCACCCCUGAGGGGCCCCCGUGUUGAGGAUCAGUGUGGCAGAUGUGUUGUUACCUACCCUUACCACCUGGGGGCGGCCCGUCAGGAAGUCCAGGAUCCAGUUGCAGAGGGAGGUGUUUAGUCCCAGGAUCCUUAGCUUAGUGAUGAGCUUAGAGGGCACUAUGGUGUUGAAUGCUGAGCUGUAGUCAAUGAAUAGCAUUCUCACGUAGGUGUUCCUCUUGUCCAGGUGGGAAAGGGCAGUGUGGAGUGCGAUAGAGAUUGCAUCAUCUGUGGAUCUGUUGGGGCGGUAUGCAAAUUGGAGUGGGUCUAGGGUUUCUGGGAUUAUGCUGUUGAUGUGAGCCAUGACCAGUCUUUCAAAGCACUUCAUGGCUACAGACGUCAGUGCUACGGGUCGGUAGUCAUUUAGGCAGGUUGUCUUAGAGUUCUUGGGCACGGGGACUAUGGUGGUCUGCUUGAAACAUGUUGGUAUUACAGACUCAGUCAGGGACAUGUUGAAAAUGUCAGUGAAGACACUUGCCAGUUGGUCAGCACAUGCUCGGAGUACACGUCCUGGUAAUCCGUCUGGCCCUGCGGCCUUGUGAAUGUUGACCUGCUUAAAAGUCUUACUCACAUCGGCUACGGAGAGCGUGAUCACAUAGUCGUCCGGAACAGCUGGUGCUCUCAUGCAUGCUUCAGUGUUGCUUGCCUCGAAGCGAGCAUAGAAGUGGUUUAGCUCGUCUGGUAGGCUUGUGUCACUGGGCAGCUCGCGGCUGUGCUUCCCUUUGUAGUCUGUAAUAGUUUUCAAGCCCUGCCACAUCCGACGAGCGUCAGAGCCAGUUUAGUAUGAUUCAAUCUUAGACCUGUAUUGACUCUUUGCCUGUGUGAUGGUUCGUCGGAGGUCAUAGCGGGAUUUCUUAUAAGCGUCCGGGUUAGAGUCCCGUUCCUUGAAAGCGGCAGCUCUACCCUUUAGCUCAGUGCGGAUGUUUCCUGUAAUCCAUGGCUUCUGGUUGGGGUAUGUACGUACGGUCACUGUGGGGACGACAUCAUCGAUGCACUUAUUGAUGAAGCCAGUGACUGAUGUGGUGUACUCCUCAAUGCUGUCUGAAGAAUCCCGGAACAUGUUCCAGUCUGUGCUAGCAAAACAGUCCUGUAGCUUAGCAUCUGCGUCAUCUGACCACUUUUUUAUUAGCCGAAUCACUGGUGCUUCCUGCUUCAGUUUUUGCUUAUAAGCAGGAAUCAGGAGGAUAGAGUUAUGGUCAGAUUUGCCAAAUGGAGGGCGAGGGAGAGCUUUGUAUGCGUCUCUGUGUGUGGAGUAAAGGUGGUCUAGAGUUUUUUUCCCCUCUGGUUGCACAUUUAACAUGCUGGUAGAAAUGAGGUAGAACGGAUUUAAGUUUCCCUGCAUUAAAGUCCCCGGCUACUAGGAGCGCUGCAUCUGGAUGAGCGUUUUCCUGUUGAUUAAUGGCCUUGUACAACGCAUUCAGUGCAAUCUUAAUGCCAGCAUUGGUUUGUGGUGGUAAAUAGACAGCUAUGAAAAAUAUAGAUGAAAACUCUCUUGGUAAAUUGUGUGGUCUACAGCUUAUCAUAAGAUACUCUACCUCAGGCGAGCAAAACCUCGAGACUUCCUUAGUAUUUGAUUUUGUGCACCAGCUGUUGUUUACAAAUAUACAGAGACCGCCACCCCUCGUCUUACCGGAGUCUGCCGUUCUGUCCUGCCGAUGUAGCGUAUAGCCUGCUAGCUGAAUGUUGUCAUUGUUGUCGUUCAGCCACGACUCCGUGAAACAUAAGAUAUUACAGUUUUUAAUGUCCCGUUGGUAGGAUAACCGUAAUCUUAAAACGUCCAUUUUAUUCUCAAAAGCUUGAACGUUGGCUAAUAGGAUUGAUGGGAGAGGCAGUUUACUCGUUCGCCGUCGGAUCCUUACAAGGCACCCGGAUCUGCGUCCACGAUAUCUCCGUCUCUUCCUCACGCGAAUGACGGGGAUCUGGGCCUUGUUGGGUGUCUGUAGAAUAUCCUUCGCGAACGCCUCGUUGAAGAAAAAGUCUUCGUCCAACGCGAGGUGAGUAAUCGCUGUCCUGAUAUCCAGAAGCUCUCUUUGGUUAUAAGAGACGAUGGCAGAAACAUUAUGUACAAAAUAAAUUACAAAUAACGCGGAAAAACACACAUAAUAGUACAAUUGGUUAGAGGGCUGUAAAACGGCAGCCAUCUUCUUCCGGCGCUGUUCUCUACCUAACCUUGGUGUUAAGGUUACCUAAGUUAAGUUAUAGACAAACUAAGACAGUCUUCUUACUGUUUAUCUUGCUGCUUCCUGUCUUGCUAUGAAAUCAAAUCAAUCAAACUUUUGAUUUGAUUUGUUUUGCUAUACAUGUCGUUGCUGCCUUGCUGUCUUGCUGUCUUGCUGCUUGCUGUCCUGCUGUCUUUCUGUCUUGCUGUCCUGCUGUCUUGCUGCUUUGCUGCUUGCUGUCCUGCUGUCCUGCUGUUUUGCUGUCUUGCUGCUUUGCUGCUUGCUGUCCUGCUGUCCUGCUGUCUUGUUGUCCUGCUGUCCUGCUGCCUUGCUGCCUUGCUGUCCUGCUGUCUUGCUGCCUUGCUGUCUUGCUGCCUUGCUGUCCUGCUGUCUUGCUGUCCUGCUGUCUUGCUGUCUUGCUGUCCUGCUGCCUUGCUGUCCUGCUGUCUUGCUGUCUUGCUGUCUUGCUUUCUGUUUAAACAGCAGAAGAAGCCCCAGAAGGGGGAAAGUCCAAGACCUGCACCAUCGCCUAACCCCCUGGAGUGUACCCCAGUCCUGGCCGUGUGGCUGAGGAUCCCUGUGUGCAACAGGCAGUCAGUGGGGGAAACAGUGUGAAGUUGUGUCCCUGUGUGGACUGACUCGAUCGCUUCCCCUCAUUCUCAGGACUUGAUAAGCCAAUCCUGAUGGCUCAACACACUCAACACAGAUGUACCAGCAGCUGGUGCAUUACCAUAUCUGGACAGCACACUUAAAGUAGAGCAUAUCUUUCACAGAUAACUAUAGGUACUACUUAAUCGACAACUAACAUAAUCCAAGUAAUGAAACGAACAUUACAUCUGCUAAAUGGCAUAUACUGUAUUGAAAUACUAUUUAUUGAGACGUAUUCUGCAUUGGGAAAUAAUUAGCUGUACAUUUUUAUCCACACUGAUGGUCCAUAAAGAUAUGAGGGUGAGAGUUCAGUGGACACACUUUUAUAACUGAGCUGUUUAAUGAGAACAGGAAUACUGUUUGAUAUUUGAAUACUCAUCUCUGGAUUUUUACGAACAAAUAUGAGUACAAAUGAUAACCCAAACUGUAGAAAGAGAGCGACAGACACUGUUAAUUUAGAAUGCUGUGCUGUAAGAGCACAAACUUCUUCCCAUAACUCAAGCUGAAAAGGCAAACGUGCUACUGUAUUUUAGCAAGUGACAAUUGACUUUACCUAAGGUUAACAUAGUAGCAAUGCUGAAAAUGUGUACACACUUAUGAGCCUUGUGAGGGUAUAUUUGUGUUAAUAUGCAAAAUAUUGAUUUUUUGAUUGUCAGAUUUUCUAAUUCAUGUAUUUUAAGACUCUUUAGAUCGUGUGAACUGAUGAUAUGGUUCGAAGUCGCGUUUGAGCAUCAGGUAUCCAUUGCAAACUGUGUACAGUCGUGUUCAAAAGUUUUGAGAAUGACACAAAUAUUAAUUUUCACAAAGUCUGCUACCUCAGUUUUUAUGAUGGCAAUUUGCAUUUACUCCAGAAUGUUAUGAAGAGUGAUCAGAUGAAUUGCAAUUAAUUGCAAAGUCCCUCUUUGCCAUGAAAAUGAACUUAAUCCCCCAAAAACAUUUCCACUGCAUUUCAGCCCUGCCACAAUAGGACCAGUUGACAUCAUGUCAGUGAUUCUCUCGUUAACACAGGUGAGAGUGUUGACGAGGACAAGGCUGGAGAUCACACUGUUAUGCUGAUUGAGUUAGAAUAACAGACUGGAAACUUUAAAAGGAGGGUGGUGCCUGAAAUCAUUGUUCUUCCUCUGUUAACCAUGGUUACCUGCAAGGAAACACGUGCCGUCAUCAUUGCUUUGCACAAAAAGUGCUUCACAGGCAAGGAUAUGCACCUAAAUCAACCAUUUAUUGGAUCAUCAAGAACUUCAAGGAGAGAGGUUCAAUUGUUGUGAAGAAGGCUUCAGGGCGCCCAAGAAAGUCCAGCAAGCGCCAGGACCGUCUCCUAAAGUUGAUUGAGCUGCGGGACCGGGGCACCACCAGUGCAGAGCUUGCUCAGGAAUGGCAGCAGGCAGGUGUGAGUGCAUCUGCACACACAGUGAGGCGAAGACUUUUGGAGGAUGGACUGGUGUCAAGAAGGGCAGCGAGGAAGCCAAUUCUCUCCAGGAAAAACAUCAGGGACAGACUGAUAUUCUGCAAAAGGUACAGGGAUUGGACUGCUGAGGACUGGGUUAAAGUCAUUUUCUCUGAUGAAUCCCCUUUCCGAUUGUUUGGGGGCAUCCGGAAAAAAGCUUGUCCGGAGAAGACAAGGUGAGCGCUACCAUCAGUCCUGUGUCAUGCCAACAGUAAAGCAUCCUGAGACCAUUCAUGUGUGGGGUUGCUUCUCAGCCAAGGGAGUGGGCUCACUCACAAUUUUGCCUAAGAACACAUCCAUGAAUAAAGAAUGGUACCAACACAUCCUCCGAGAGCAACCUCCCAACCAUCCAAGAACAGUUUGGUGAUGAACAAUGCCUUUUCCAGCAUGAUGGAGUACCUUGCCAUAAGGCAAAAGUGAUAACUAAGUGGCUCGGGGAACAAAAUAUCGCCAUUUUGGGUCCAUGGCCAGGAAACUCCCCAGACCUUAAUCCCAUUGAGAACUUGUGGUCAAUCCUCAACAGGCGGGUGGACAAACAAAAACCCACAAAUUCUGACAAACUCCAAGCAUUGAUUAUGCAAGAAUGGGCUGCCAUCAGUCAGGAUGUGGCCCAGAAGUUAAUUUACAGCAUGCCAGGGCGGAUUGCAGAGGUCUUGAAAAAGAAGGGUCAACACUGCAAAUAUUGACUCUUUGCAUAAAUGUAAUGUAAUUGUCAAUAAAAGCCUUUGACACUUAUGGAAUGCUUGUAAUUAUACUUCAGUAUACCAUAGUAGCAUCUGACAAAAAUAUCUAAAAACACAGAACCAGCAAACUUUGUGAAGACCAAUACUUGUGUCAUUCUCAAAAUAUUUGACCACGACUGUACAAUUUUAAACUGCACAACAUUUUCCCAAUAACUUGAAAAUGUAAUAUACAUAUUACUUGAUAUUUAUACAUAUGUGUAUCAUAAAUUGAAAUUCAGUCAUCUUUCAAAAAUGUAGAUUAUGCAAUUAUGUAUGUGCAUGCUCCAAAGAAAUGUAGUUCAUCACGUAGUAAAUGUAUGUAAAAGAUGUACAAAUUAAACCUACAAUUUAAAUGUAAAACUUUUGCUUGUUACUAGGAGGCAAGCCUCAGAUAUGUUCUGUCAGGGUCGUAAGUGUCUUCAAGUAUCUGACCAUAAGACGAUUUGAUGGGAUUGAGUUUGCUUGCCAGCCAGCUUUAGAGAUCUGCACGGCUUUAAACUUUAAAUACCCUACUUACUGUAGAUAAAGCAGGCUACCAAAGUCUUAUCAUAUCUACUGUUUGUGAGGGGCAUCAUGUUUGUUUGAUGGAGACAAGCCUCCAAUGUGGUCUCAGGCAGGCCAAAGUUCCUCUUCUCUUUGUUUGGCCGUUUGGGGACCGGUGUAAAUGUACUUAUGCAACAGUCAGAAAGUUAAUUGAUGAACCCAAUUGAAUUGCAAUGGGGUUCCCAUAAAAAAAACUCCUUACAAAUCCUGCCAAGACAUCUCCUUUCGACCUACUGUAACAGUGACCGAGACAUCUGUGGAGGCAUCUCAAAGUGGCCCUAAGCAGGAAACACAAGGCAGGCAAAGUUUGACUUGUUUGCUUAUGCAACGUGCUCUCUCACUAAAUCACUGGGAAAUCAAUCAAGAGCAGUAAUCCAAUAAGGGUGGCUUUGACAGCCAACCUGCAUCUUAAAUGGCUUCUCUGAAUCUCUGUUCCUAGAGUUGCUAGGCAGGGCAGACCACUCGGAUCAGGGCUUUACAGUAUGAGAGCCGUAUGAGAAAGUGAGUUCAUCUAUUCUGCGCGUACAUUUAAGGGACACAAAAAUGUAAAUCUACUAAUUAAAUCGAGUUAUCAUUGAGAGAGGUUAGAAUUUGACAUUUGAUGUCUGAUGAAACGAAUUCUACUGCAUGCACGUGUCAUAAGAUGUAACAUGUUAACAAAAUAAAGGCAUUCAUCAAAGUC